AUGAGAAAUAUACUUUGGAAGAAAGCUGACGACCUCAAGAAUCUAAAUGAGAUAUAUGACACGUGUAUUAAACUAGACGGAUCUCGUUGCGACAGAGACAAGGAGAUUACAACAGGGUGGUGCUAUCAUCGUGGCGAGUGUCAUGUACGCGUUGAAAAAUUUGCGUCUGGCAAGCUGUAUUUGGUGCCGUUCUGCGAGUGCAAAGGUUCGGAAAGUGGACGUUUCUGUGAGUACCAUCGGGAUAGCUCAUGCGAUCCAACGGCAGUCGAGAAACAGAGAGGCGUGACAAAAGAGAAUCGUUGCACGAGUCUGCGAAAUGGCAUCUGCAUCGCUCCAGAAGGAAUUGCUCUCUGCGAGUAUGUU